AUGGAGGUGGAAAUUAUUGAAGUCCAAAUGAAUGAGGUAAUGAUGGACAUAAAUAAAGAAGAUCCAUUGCAAUCCGAGGAAGUGGUACAAGGUGACAUCGAGUUUGUCGAUUUACUGCCUGCUGACGCAGAGGCAGUAUUUGAAUUCAGGGAUAUAUUUGAUGUUUUACUAUCAGGCGUCGAUGAAGAGUUUGUGCCGAUUCCACCGAGCGUUCCUAGAGCGCACGUGGCCAUGAGAGACCGUCUGACUGGCAUUCAAUAUGAACUUCCAGAGCGUCAUGACAUUUGA